AUGGGGACAGUAAAAGAUGAAGAACGUAUCCGGCGUCUGCGUCUGUUGGAGGAGCGACUGUGCGACCCUCGCUCAACCGGCAACGUGGACUGUCUCCUGGACACUGUCACGGCGCUGGUAUCAGACUGUGAUCACCCGGCCAUCCGACGAAUGAAAAACGUCGAAGCUUACACCAGCAGAUAUGAACAAUUUGCAUCAGAAAUAGUUGAUUUACGCAUGAAAGCAGCAGACUUUGACCUUAUAAAAGUAAUUGGUCGGGGUGCAUUUGGAGAAGUGCAACUAGUCAGGCAUAAGUCAACUCAUUUAGUUUAUGCUAUGAAACUUUUAAGCAAAGUAGAAAUGAUAAAAAGGUCUGAUUCUACAUUUUUUUGGGAAGAGAGACAUAUUAUGGCACAUGCAAACUCAGAAUGGAUUCUCAAAUUACAUUUUGCUUUUCAAGAUCAAAAAUAUCUUUAUAUGGUCAUGGACUAUAUGCCUGGUGGUGAUCUGGUUAGCUUAAUGUCUAAUUAUGAUAUACCUGAAAAGUGGGCCAAAUUUUAUACAAUGGAAAUAGUCCUAGCAUUAGAUGUUAUUCAUGGAAUGGGUUUUGUACAUAGAGAUGUAAAACCUGACAACAUGUUGAUUGAUAGAUAUGGACAUUUAAAGUUAGCAGAUUUUGGCACAUGUAUGAGAAUGGGUCCUGAUGGACUUGUGCGUGCUAGUAAUGCGGUUGGUACUCCUGACUACAUAUCUCCUGAAGUGUUGCAGUCGCAAAAUGGUGAAGGAGUCUAUGGCAGAGAAUGUGACUGGUGGGCUGUUGGCAUAUUCUUAUAUGAAAUGUUAAUCGGCGAUCCACCCUUUUAUGCUGAUAGCUUAGUAGGUACCUAUGGGAAAAUCAUGGAUCAUAGAAAUUCCCUGCAGUUUCCAGAUGACAUUGAUAUUUCAAGAGAAGCAAAGUCCCUUAUUAGAGGUUUAUUAACUGAUAGAGCAAGGAGACUUGGGAAAAACAGUGUAGAUGAAAUAAAAUUACAUCCAUUUUUUAUUAAUGAUCAAUGGAGCUUUGAAAAUCUAAGGGAUUCAGUGCCCCCUGUAGUUCCUGAAUUGUCUAGUGAUGAUGACACCAGAAACUUUGAUGACAUAGAUAAAUCAGAUGCUUUAGACGAAUCAUUUCCUGUGCCAAAAGCUUUUGUUGGAAAUCAUCUACCUUUUGUAGGUUUUACUUACAAUGGCGAUUACCAGCUUUGCGGUGGUAGAAUUAAACCGGCCGAUGUUGUAGACACAAUAUCAAAUAAUCAUAUUAAUAAUGUUGGAUCUGAAGCUAUUCUUCAAUUAGAAAAAUUAUUAGAAAGAGAAAGGGAUUCUAGAAGAAAACUAGAAGAUAGACAAGUCAUGCUCUGUAAUCAAUUGGAAGAUAUGUCACAGAGGGAAGUCAGAAACAAAAAAAUAAUGACAGAUACAGAUAAAGAAUUGGCUUUACUCAAACAUGAUUUAAAAGAAAUACAAAGAAAGGCUGAAAUUGAAGCAGACUCAAGGCGCAAAGCUGAAAUUAAUUAUAAUGAUGUUAAGAGACGUUUGGAAGAAGAACAAAAUAAGAGAGUUAAAGAAGUAAAUAAUUUACAAAUGUACAAUGAAAAGAUCAACAUUAUGGAGAAACAGUUAACCGAGAUGCGCGAAAAAUUAAAACAAGAGUCUGAAGCUGCGGCGAAAUCUCGAAAGCAAGCUGCAGAACUAAGCGCGGCCCAAGCUGCAGCGGCAGCAGCUAGUGAUGGAACCGUGGCCAGCUUAAGAGCACAGCGAGAUCUUCUUGAAAGAGAUUGCAGUUCCUUGUCGGAAGAACUAGGAUCUGUAAAGGCAGCUAAACAGAGGGCAGAAGCAACAGUAGCAGAGGCUUCCAAUCGUUUGAAUUCUGCUCAUGCUGAGAUAGAACGAUCUGCCUUGAAAAUCAAUCAAUUGUUGAAUGAUAACAGGCAGAUCUCAGAACGAGUAUCUUCAUUAGAAAAAGAAUGCACAUCAUUAUCUCAUGAUCUAAGAACCUCGCAGCAUCUUUACCAACAGGAAGUGCGAGCUCAUCAAGAGACUCAGAGAUCUCAAUUACUGUCAAAGCAAGAGGCGAACCUGGAGCUAGUCAAAGCAUUACAAGGAAAGUUAAACGAAGAGAAGACAGCGAGACAGCGAGCUGAAGCAGCUUCUCAAGAGAAGGACAGGCAAAUGUCUAUGCUAAGUGUAGACUACAGACAAAUGCAGCAACGUUUACAGAAAUUAGAAGGAGAACAUCGACAGGAGAGUGAAAAGGUCGCCGGUCUACAAGCGGCGUUAGAGCAAGAACGAGACGCUCGUCUUUCGGCAAGCGCCGAUACAGCAGCAGCAGAAAGCGCAGCGCGGGCAGCGGCCGCUGAAAGGGAUGCGAGGGCCCGAGAUCUUGUUGCUGUGCGUGCUGCAUUGCACGAUGCUACGGAAAAGCUCGCAGCCGCCAGCGCUGAGCGGGAUAUGCACUACGCACGCAGUGAAGACUUGCGCUCCCAGCUUGAGAGCGAGCAACACUAUUGCGUGAUGUACCGAACACAAGCUAACGAUGCGCGCGGGCAGCUUGACGAAAGUGCGCGCGCUAAUCGCGACCUGGAGCAAGAAAGAGCCAGUUUGAUGCAUCAGCUGCAGCUGGCUAUUGCCAGGGCGGACUCUGAAGCUAUUGCGAGAUCAAUAGCGGAAGAGACAGUUGGUGAACUAGAGAAGGAAAAGACGAUGAAAGAUCUGGAGAUGCGUGAAGCUCUCACUCAGCAUCGUAGCGAACUCGCGGCGAGGGAUUCUCUAGUCCAAGGUCUACGAGACAGAGAUCACGAGAAUCGUGCUACUAUCGAUCUGCAGAGAAAGGAGGUCGAUGAGCUCCGUCGCAGCGGUACAGCACUAGCAGAACGCGUCGCCACGCUACAGCGCCUGCAGGACGAAGUCGAUAGACUCAACAAGAAACUCAACUCUGAGAUUAUGCUCAAGCAACAAGCAGUCAAUAAAUUGGCCGAGAUUAUGAACAGAAAAGAUAUGAAUCCUGCAUCUACUAAGAACAAGAGCAAAAUGUCUGUCCGUAAAGACAAGGACUACCGUAAGCUCCAACAGGAGUUGACGCGAGAGAAAGAAAAGUCAGACCAGCAUAUUUCCAAGCUGCAACGCGACCUCCAGGAUUCGCAGCAGCAGUUAAUUGAAGAGCAGCAGACUAGACUUAGACUUGCGAUGGAGGUGGAUAGCAAAGAUGCUGAGAUAGAGCAAUUGAAAGAGAAGCUAGCGGCUCUCACUAGCGAGACGGCCUCCCAGUCCUCGGCGGACGCUGAAGAUGGCGAAACUGAACAGACCCUCGAGGGGUGGCUCUCGGUACCAUUCAAACAGAAUAUUCGGCGACACGGAUGGAAGAAACAAUACGUUGUCGUCUCCUCCAAGAAGAUCAUAUUUUAUAAUAGCGAGAACGAUAAGCAGAACACCACUGAUCCUGUCAUGAUACUGGAUUUAAGUAAAGUGUUUCACGUCCGCUCCGUGACGCAGGGCGAUGUGAUCCGCGCAGACGCGAAAGAUAUUCCACGUAUAUUCCAGCUUUUGUACGCGGGAGAGGGCGAGGCACGAAGGCCCGGAGACGCCCAGGACCAACCCGCUGACGGCGUGGAUCAUACUGGUAACACAGUCCAGCUGAAGGGUCAUGACCUGGUGAGCAUCACGUACCACAUACCGACUGCGUGCGAGGUGUGUCCGCGCCCGCUAUGGCACAUGUUCCGUCCGCCGCAGGCUUACGAGUGUCGACGUUGUCGUAUGAAGGUACACGCAGAGCAUGUUACGGAAGCGGGCGGGGAGGGCGUCGCGGCUUGCAAGCUGCACGCGGACCGAGCGCGGGAGCUGCUAUUGCUGGCGCCUGCUGCACAAGAACAGCGCCGAUGGGUGGCGAGGCUCGCUCGUCGCGUACAACGAUACGGUUACCGUGCUGCCCAAAACCACGACCAUACUAAACUCUCGCCGAGAGAUUCGAUGAGGUCAAACUUAAAGGCAGCCUACAUGAACGCAUCUCAACGUAGUUCUACUUUGCCCGCGAACGCGUCUAUACCACGACAAUAA